AUGAUGAUGGCGAGUGAGUUACAUGGUAUUUCUAUGUUGUUGAGUUCAAAGAAGCCAUUCUUCGACCGUGACAGGACUCUGUCUUCGUCGUUCUCUGGUAGCAAGUUGCAUUCAAAGAAUGCAGCAUUUGAUUUUCCACAUGGAAAAUUCGUAAGUGUUGUACAAAGAAAGACGAAUAGAAGAUUUUUGACUACUUCUACUCUUGCCGAUGUGGCAAACAAUUUUAUGACCCUACAAUCACCAAUUUUCGCUGAAGAAGAAGCCAACCCAAGGACUGUUGCAUCGAUCAUUUUAGGUGGUGGAGCAGGAACUCGUCUAUUCCCGCUUACUCAAAAAAGAGCUAAACCUGCUGUGCCAUUCGGAGGAUGUUAUAGACUGGUGGACAUACCAAUGAGCAAUUGUAUUAAUAGUGGAAUUAACAAAAUUUACGUCCUUACACAGUUCAAUUCUCAGUCCCUCAACCGCCACAUUGCUCGAACGUAUAAUUUGGGAGGUGGCGUCAACUGCGGCGGUAGUUUUAUUGAGAUAUUGGCAGCAUCGCAAACACUCGGCGAAUCAGGAAACAAGUGGUUUCAGGGUACGGCCGAUGCUGUAAGACGGUUCCUUUGGUUGUUUGAGGAUGCUGAGCAUAAAAACAUCGAGAACAUUCUGAUAUUGUGUGGAGAUCAACUCUAUCGAAUGGAUUACAUGGAACUUGUGAAGAAGCACAUUAAUUCAUAUGCUGAUAUAUCGGUAUCAUGUCUACCCGUGGAUGGCAGUCGUGCCUCUGAUUUUGGAUUAGUGAAGGUUGACGAAAGAGGACAGAUACGUCGAUUCAUGGAAAAACCCAAGGGAGAAUUAUUAAGAUCUAUGCAUGUAGAUACGAGUAUUUUUGGAUUAUCAGCACAAGAAGCAAGGAAGCUUCCAUAUAUCGCAUCGAUGGGUAUAUACGUGUUUAAACUAGACGUUCUUCGCAAACUUCUCAGGAACUGUUAUCCUAAUGCAAAUGAUUUUGGAUCCGAAGUUCUUCCGAAAGCUAUAAAAGAUUUUAAAGUCCAGGCAUGUCUUUUCAGUGGUUAUUGGGAAGAUAUUGGGACUAUAAAAUCUUUCUAUGACGCAAACUUGGCGCUUAUGGACAAGCCACCAAAGUUUGAGUUAUAUGAUCAGUCAAAGCCUAUUUUUACGUGUCCUCGGUUCCUACCCCCGACUAAAAUGGAGAAGUGUCAGGUGAUUAAUUCUUUGAUUUCAGAUGGUUGUUUUUUAAGAGAGUGCAUAGUCGAGCACUCCAUAGUUGGAAUUCGCUCGAGACUCGAUUCUGAAGUGCAUCUAAAGGAUACCUUGAUGAUGGGCGCUGACUAUUAUCAAACAGAGGCUGAAAUCGCGUCUCUUUUAGCAAUGGGGGACGUUCCUAUAGGCAUAGGCAAGAAUGCGAAAAUCAUGAAUUGUAUAAUCGACAAAAACGCAAGAAUUGGAAACAAUGUAAUAAUUGCAAACAAAGAAAAUGUGCAGGAGGCUGAUAGAUCGUCUGAGGGGUUUUAUAUUCGAUCAGGUAUCACGGUGGUGUUGAAAAACUCGGUAAUAAACAACGGCACAAUCAUUUAA